GCCAAAAAAGCACCUGUCAAACAGGUCGUUUGGGAAUGGAUGGGUUGAUGGAGGGGAGGAGAAGUGGGGGGAGGUGCAGCAUAUUUAAAGAGCAGAAAAAACCUUUUUGAGCAUCACAUUCUGGAAACAAUCCCACACACACACAAAAUUUGGACUAUGGCUUCCACCACCUCUGGUGAUGUUCUGCCCACCGGUAGCAGGAUCUUCAUCAACUUUCCUGACCUGCUCUUCAUCCCUGAGUGGGUCAUUGGGGGUUUGGUGUGGACCCUGGUGGCCUCGACUCGAAUCACCCCGGACAAUCCUCUGGGCUGGGUAAUGUUUGUGUCCAUCUUCUGCUUCAUUGGGACGACUCUGUGGUUAUUCAUCUUUGCCUGUGGAGGAAAUCAGAGCAACUUUUGGCCUGGCCUGGAUACGGGUUUCCAUUUCUUGGCGGUGGUUUUCUACCUCAGUGCAUCGGUGGUUUUAGCCUACAUCACAAUUCAGGAAAACUCUUCAGCGACAUUUGAGAGUUUAAAGAUCUACCGACUGGACAUUUCUGCUGUGGUGAUGUCCCAUGUGGCCACUCUUUUCUACUUCCUCCACGCCAUUUUCUCUGCCAUCAGAUGGAAGAGGGCCUAAAGCACAACUUGAACUCCAUUAGACAUGAAGCACAAGAAGAUAUAACGACUAAUAAAACAUGUUUUACA